GAGAACAAAGCUGAAAGGGAUUUGUGAUAUUUUGCCUUCUAAAACCGCCAACAAACUAAAAUGCCCGACGUUGAAAUACUCUUAAGAGUGUUCUUACGUAUUCCAUAAAGUCCUUAGAUGAGGAUCGACAGAAUGCCAGAGUCUGAAGAAAAAGAGGUUGGGCUCCAAGUUAUGCAGGCUGACAUUCAUAUGAAGGGUGCCCAACUUGGGAAGGUAUGGGCAGAUUUGUUUGGCCUGCUCUCUAAAUAUCAAGCUGAGUUGAUGUUAAAGGAAAACCAGAUCGAGAUUGCUGAGCGUCACCUGGAGACGAAGAAGGAACAGUAUGAGGAGAUGAGUCCCAUGCAUGGUCUUGAGGAGGUCGCGAAGGUUGAAGAACGAUUGCAGGAGAAAGAGUUACAGCUGUCUCAAUGUCAGAUCGAACUCUCGCAGAUGGAAACAAUGUUCAAACGUGUCCAGAUUGACCUCUCCACAAACAUGGACAUGUUAGAUCAGACUCGUACAGAGUUGUUGGAGAAACAGACUCAGAAUGUGAGUUGCCAGGCUGAUAUGGAAAGACUGAAAGCAGACGUCAGCCUCAAGGACGAACAGAUUAGGGUCAAAGACGGUUUGUUGAAAAAGAUUCAGCAGCAACUUAUGAAGGAAAAUGCUGAAUUAAAAGAACAAUAUUUGGAGGAGAAAUCGUCUCAUGACGCUGAGCGGAUGUCACAUUCACAAACUAAGAAGUUAUUGGAAAAAUUAAAGAGACGUGGUUCAAGAGAAAAUGCAUCUGUGAUAGAAAUCCCGGAUUCCCCACCUAUAUUUGACUUAUCCUGUGAAGCCGCCAAUACACUAGGACUCUCCACUGCCAUGGAUCACGACUCAUUAUUAUCAUCUCAAAGACAAUCGAACUGCUCAUCGUCAGAUGGGCGGCGGAUGUCCGCAUCAUCAUUGACGAAUUACAGACAGUCAGGUACUGUGGAUUACAGUAUGAGCCGCACCCCCAGUAACUCUUUCAGUGCUCCCUCAUCUAGCGUGCUUUCACCCUCCGCUGUAUCAACAUCCAUGACUUCUGCAAGCAGAAGCACAUACAUGACUCCGUCGCCAUCUCAGAGACUCUUACCCGCCAAAUCAUACUCUGAACCAAGGACUAGAGUGUCAAAUUCGCCAUCAUUUUCCCACCCAUCAAAUUCUGAUAAUUCAAAUAACUUCCAAACAUCAGAGACUCAACCUGUUGAACAUUUACUGCCUGAUAUAAAAAAAGACUACUCUGAUCAGUUAAGUGUGAGGGAACCAAGUCCUGUGUCUGGGCCAAUCCCCAGUACGUCUGGGAGUGCCAGCCAGUCGGGUAUGGAGGUCAGUGAAGGACAAGGGUCUGAUACAUCUAUGAACCUCCACGAUUUCAAGUACAAAUUGAAAAGCAAGUGUGGUAAGGUGAAGGUCGAACGAUCAGCCAGUGCCCCGUACAGUGGAAGCCCUACAAUGGUCCCCUUUAGAGGCCUCGCAAACCCAUUCCGGAGAAUGCUGUCCCUGACCCAUGCCAGGCCCCACCUCUUCUCACGACCAGUCAAGUCCGAGCUCCCCGACUACAUGAAGCCUCAUCCUUGUUCCUUCUGCGGGAAAUGUUUCAAACACAAGUGGAAUUUACGUGUCCACAUGAGAAUUCACACCGGAGAAAUGCCAUACGAGUGUCCUCAUUGUGGCAAAUGUUUCAACCAGCUCAGUAGUAUGAGACGACAUCAAAUGUCCUUUCACAGGGAAACGUUCUUUCAUUGACAUUACCCCCAGAGCUUCGGUUUUCAUUAAAAUCUUUCAUGGUAGUUUCACGUCAGUGUGACAUUUUUCUGCAACUACAGGGAAUAAAGCAACUUGGGCAGAAACAACAUCAGAUGCCCCUCUACAUAGGGACAUGAUCUUUGAUUGACUUUAUGGACUUAACGUGACUAGUCUCUUUGAAGCUCCAAUGGAACUUGUUUGUCCAAAUGAGAAUUGGCUGAUUUGAAGGACUUCCUGUUCCAUUACUUUCAAUAAUGAGCUUGUGAGUAAACAUACCGCCUGAUACACAAAUUUGUGAUCUCUGUAAUUGUCAUAGUGCUGAUUGGGCAUUAUCUCAAGAUACUCUUAAACUCAUUGUUGUUCAAAAUAGGCUAUUUUCAAGUUGAAAUAGUUGCUUGAAAUUCUGUUUUAGGAGGCUUCAUUCAUUGUCAGUGUGCAGUCUAGAAGUCAUUUGAUACAAAUAUUUUCUCAGUACAAUCAAUUUAUAUUCGAUACAAAGGAGAGAUAUUGUAUUGUGUCUCGAUAUCAAUGAGAUUUUGUAAAUAUUUAUAAGCUUUUGUACUACAGCUGCAAUAACAGUCUUCUGACUAAUUUUGAGUGCUGUAUCUUUUAGAAUGUUUUAUCUAGAUUAUUAUUUAGAGCCUCAUAGACUUUUUGAAAUUAUUUUUAUACCAUGAAGUGCAUGGAUUAUACAGUUUAAAAUUUGUAGUUGUAAAGUUUAUGUACAUGUAUGCUUGUGCUUGUUAUAAAUAGGCUUCUAGAGUUUAUGUUAUUGCUUUUGAGGAAAAUAAAUGGGACAAUUUCCCAAAGAUUUUGUAGACGUUGCUAUUACAACAGUAGUGAGCUUCAUUUUCUAGAUUGACUUGAUCAAUAAAAUAAUGAUUGAAAUA